CUCUCGUCUGGUCUGGUGCGCGCGCGCUGCCGGAGCUGAAGGGACCGUGCCGGCUUCUCUUUCCUCCUCCGCCAUCAUCCGCAUCACCUCCUCCUCCUCCACCUCCUCCUCUCUUCGCUCUCCAGCUCCUUCUUCUUUCUCUUCUUCAUCCGCGGCCUUUGACUCGUCACCAUGCGCGAGAUCGUGCACCUGCAGGCCGGACAGUGCGGCAACCAGAUCGGAGCGAAGUUCUGGGAGGUGAUCAGUGAUGAACACGGUAUCGACCCCACAGGUACCUAUCACGGAGACAGUGACCUGCAGCUGGACCGUAUCAGCGUCUACUACAACGAGGCCACCGGUGGGAAGUAUGUUCCUCGUGCCAUCCUGGUGGAUCUAGAACCCGGCACCAUGGACUCCGUCCGCUCUGGUCCUUUUGGGCAGAUCUUCAGGCCUGACAACUUCGUCUUCGGUCAGAGCGGAGCUGGCAAUAACUGGGCGAAAGGCCACUACACAGAGGGGGCAGAGCUGGUGGACUCUGUGCUGGAUGUGGUGCGCAAGGAGGCCGAGAGCUGCGACUGUCUGCAGGGCUUCCAGCUCACCCACUCUCUGGGUGGAGGCACUGGUUCCGGUAUGGGCACCCUGCUGAUCAGCAAGAUCCGCGAAGAGUAUCCCGACCGUAUCAUGAACACCUUCAGCGUCGUACCUUCUCCCAAAGUGUCCGACACAGUGGUUGAGCCCUACAACGCCACUCUGUCCGUCCACCAGCUGGUGGAGAACACAGAUGAGACCUACUGCAUCGACAACGAGGCUCUCUACGACAUCUGCUUCCGCACACUCAAGCUGACCACACCCACUUACGGAGAUCUCAACCACCUGGUCUCGGCCACCAUGAGCGGCGUCACCACCUGCCUUCGCUUCCCAGGCCAGCUUAACGCCGACUUGCGCAAACUAGCCGUCAACAUGGUCCCCUUCCCCCGUCUCCACUUCUUCAUGCCUGGAUUUGCGCCCCUCACCAGCAGGGGGAGCCAGCAGUACCGUGCUCUGUCAGUGCCAGAGUUGACCCAGCAGAUGUUUGAUGCUAAGAACAUGAUGGCCGCUUGCGACCCGCGCCACGGCCGGUACCUGACAGUGGCCGCAGUCUUCCGUGGCCGUAUGUCCAUGAAGGAAGUGGAUGAGCAGAUGCUCAACGUCCAAAACAAGAACAGCAGCUACUUCGUCGAGUGGAUCCCCAACAACGUCAAGACGGCCGUCUGUGACAUCCCACCCCGUGGCCUGAAGAUGGCCGCAACCUUCAUCGGCAACAGCACGGCCAUCCAGGAGCUGUUCAAGCGCAUCUCCGAGCAGUUCACCGCCAUGUUCCGCCGCAAGGCCUUCCUCCACUGGUACACCGGAGAAGGCAUGGACGAGAUGGAGUUCACCGAGGCUGAAAGCAACAUGAACGACCUGGUGUCCGAGUACCAGCAGUACCAGGACGCCACAGCCGAAGAGGGCGAGUUCGAGGAGGAGGGCGAAGAGGAGGCGGCUUAAUCCCUUCUUCUUCUUCUUCUCUCUAACCUCCUCUUCUCCAGCUAAUAAUUCCGUGGGUUCCUUUGUGUUCACUUUCCUUUGCCCUCCUGACCUUCUCUCCCCUUCCACUCUCCAUCACUCGUGGUGUUUCGUGAAGGUGUAUCUGUUCAAGACUAAAGGAAGCAAGCUCUCGUUGACACAUUCUCACAUUAGCAGUGGUGUUCAUCCCUGUGCUCUCUCAACCUUGAGUCCAUUGUUUUCCCCUCAUGACAUCAGCAACACUCAGUUCACCAUACUUACUUAUUUUCACCAUCACAACAAACAUGGAUUCACCUUAAAAUGAAUAAAAGUGUGAGUGAACCCAA